UGGGAACUUCCGCCCCAUAGACUGAGCAUGUUCCAUUGUAGGAGCUCUUCUGAAAGAGUGCCGUGAUCGUUAGAGGUGCACGUCGUUAUAUGUGUAAUUUAGUCAAAGUUGGUUAGAAAGCUGUAGCCGCCAGUGUUUUUAUAGCUCAGAGUUGCAGAUAGGUUGUUGUCGUACGCGCAGAAGCGACGGCUGGUUACAGGGACGAACUGCGGCGGUCUCACCGAAGGAAUUCCUGCAUCAGCGGCAGCUCAUCCACCUUGCUGCACCGCUAGCACAGGAGCUAGCCAGCGUAAGCGGUGACUGACGGCGCCAGUGUGCCGGAGAUAUAUAUGAAUAUGUCUUCAACCCAUGGGAGCGAUCGUGUUUUUAAAUAACUUACAAGUCAGCAUCAAAACGUCAGGGGCUGUUAGCUUUACGCUGUAGCCACUUAGCCAAGGUAGCUCGCUAGCUAACGUUGCCAGAAUUGUCUUUCAAAAAAGGGCAACGGGUGAACAGGAGACUAAGUGUCCCACCUCACGCUGUUUGUGUUUUUUGUUGGCGCUCCUUUUUUAAUCGUUGAGGUUAAAGCAGGCACAUUGCCACAAGUCGUACAGAAUGAAUGGGUUCAGCACAGAGGAAGAUAGCCACGACGGACCGCCUGCUCCGCCGUUUUACGGCCAGAGCUGCUGCCUGAUUGAGGACGGAGAACGCUGCGGCCGGUCUGCUGGAAACGCCUCCUUCAGCAAGAGAAUCCAGAAGAGCAUAUCACAGAAGAAGCUCAAACUGGACAUCGACAAGAGUGUUCGACAUCUCUACAUCUGUGACUUUCACAAGAAUUUCAUUCAGAGUGUUCGCAACAAGAGGAAGAGGAAGACCAGCGAUGAUGGAGGGGAGUCCCCAGAUCAUGAUGUGGAGGUGCCCGAGGUGGACCUUUUCCAGCUGCAAGUGAACACGUUGAGACGCUACAAGCGACACUACAAGCUGCAGACCAGGCCCGGCCUCAAUAAGGCCCAGCUGGCAGAGACGGUGAGCCGUCACUUCCGGAAUAUUCCGGUGAAUGAGAAGGAGACGCUGACCUACUUUAUUUACAUGGUGAAGAGCAGCAAGAGCCGCUUGGACCAGAAAGGGGACGGUGGCAAACCGCUGGACUAAACUUCCCCCACAACCAUCACAGCGGCAGCUACAACCACCACAACAACAACUGUAGCUACAGACAAAACCUGGACUUCAAUAACAGCUCCUCUGCACCCUCCUCCUCCUCUCCUCUGAGAGCAGAACAUGAACUGCUGUUGUCCUUAAAGGACUCAAAACAGAAAUCCAGGGUGAGAUGAGUUCAUUUUGGCUUUUUGGCCCUCUUCACAGAAAUGCAGUCUCUCCCUUCUGACUUGGCCCUCUCCAAGGUAUUCCCUGAUUUACGAAAGCCAGGACCAUAAAGACUGCUGAUUACCAGGACUCACUCUGCAGAGUUUUGUCGUCAUACUGUAACACAACUGUGUCUAUAUGUAGAAAAGAACAGCGUCCGACUCAAGCGACUUAGCUGAAUGCAGUAUCCUGCCUUAAGAGUCAAAAAGAUAACAAAACAACUUUUGGUAAUUUUGGUUUUCUUUGCCAAGUUGACUGUUAAACACGCUCACAGUGAGGAAUGCUUGUGCCAAACGGGACUGCGAGAUGGAGCUGAAUGAUGCGAUGAUAAGUGGGAUUUUAAUUUUUGUUUUCCUUCUUUCUUCAUACGUGACUGUUGGAAAAGAAAUGCUACCCUGGUCUGAAGUCACAUCCAGAACAUCAAGGCUCAGGUUCACUCUUUAAAAGCUGCAAAGGGUGAAGAUGAUGAUUAUAAAUGAUGUGUAAAACAUUAAAAGAAGAAGAAGAACUGAGUUAGGAUGUGAUACAUUGUGACUCAGUCUUCUAUUUGUUAGUGGUUUCUUUUUUUUCUUUUUCUUUUGUACCUGUGAACAUACACCUGCUAAUUUCUUUAUUUCUGUAACCCAGUUUAAGUUUAAGUAAGCUUUAGCUCAGCCUUAAUUCCACAAGUUGUUCAAAGGUUGUGUCUGGUUGCAUAUAUCAUUUCUAUUUUCUUUUUUUUUUUCAUUCCACAUUAAGUGAAAGCUGUGCCUGCAUGAAUGGUUUGGGCUGUAUUGUGCUGCCAUUGGACGGUGUUUACAGCGGAUAAUUUCAUUCCUCCAAACUGGGCUGACAGGUUAGCCUGGUGAAAGGGGGAGAAAAAAAAAGUUAAUGCUCUUCUUUUAUUCCCAAUUUUGAAUAUGUAUUACAUGUGGAUGCCCUUCUUCUGUAUUGGCGGGUGAGAUUUAAAAUUUUUAAAACUUUAAAAAAACCUUUUCAUAGUGGUAAACCUGCUGCUGCUUCAGUCCAGCACGGUUCAUUUGGCAGUAAAA